GAGGGAGCCGCGGCAGGAGGAGGAAGAUGGUGGAGCUGGAGGUGGGAGCCGCUGAAGUGAACGCUCGUUCCCGCCCGCCCGCCUGCGCUGCAGCGCGCUGCCUGCUGAAGGGGCCUGCGCAGACUCCAGCCGAGCCUCAGUAGACAAAAUGUCAAUAGAAUAAGUGGCCUACAUUCCAGACCUGGCCAUGAACCAUUUGGAGGGACCACCUGAGGGGAAGGUGAAUGACGAGCCAGCGAACGGAGAGGUGAACGAGUCAGUGGAGGCUGACCUGGAGCACUCUGAGGUGGAGGAGGAGCAGCAGCAGUAUGCCACUCAUUACCCGAGACAUGCCAAUGGCAGCCAAGAAGGACAGUCUGGGCAGGAGGAGGAGGGGAUGCUAGCUCGGUCAGCCAGUACUGAGAGUGGCUUCCACAAUCACACUGAUACUGCUGAAGGGGAUGUCAUAGCCACAGCAGAGGAUGGCUAUGACACAGACAGAGUUCAGGAAAAUGAGGAUGAGAGCGCCUAUGCAGUGCAGUAUAGACCUGAAUCUGAAGAGUACACAGAAAAUGCUGAGGCAGAGCAUGCUGAGGCCAUUCAGACCCGAACUCUACCUAACCACUUACACUUUCACUCCAUUGAACACGAGGAAGCCAUGAAUGCCGCCUACUCGGGGUAUGUCUACACUCAUGGGCUCUUCCACCGCGGGGAGGACGAACAGUACGCUGAGCCCUACGCCGACUAUGGACUGCAGGAGCAUGUGUAUGAGGAGAUAGGAGAUACACCUGACCUGGAUGUCAGAGAGGGUCUACGGCUCUAUGAGCAGGAGAGGGAGGAAGCGGACAACUAUCGCAAGGAAGCUCUGGGUGCCCGCCUUCACCACUAUGAUGAACGAUCCGAUGGAGAGUCUGACAGCCCUGAGAAGGAGGCGGAAUUUGCUCCCUAUCCAAGGAUGGAUAGUUAUGAACAAGAGGAAGAUAUUGAUCAAAUUGUGGCUGAGGUCAAACAGAGCAUGAGUUCUCAGAGCCUGGACAAGGCCGCUGAAGAUAUGCCAGAAGCAGAGCAGAACUUGGAAUGUGCCCAUACUCCCGGUAGUGGGAUUCUCGAGAGCAAUGGUCAGCUCCCAGCUGGCUCCAAGCCCACAGUGAACUCAGGAGAGUCAGUGCAGAGAUACAGCAAGGAAAAAAGGGAUGCGAUAUCUCUCGCUAUUAAAGAUAUUAAAGAGGCUAUUGAGGAAGUGAAGACAAGGACCAUUCGUUCUCCUUACACCCCAGAUGAACCAAAAGAACCCAUCUGGGUGAUGAGACAGGACAUCAGCCCAACCAGGGAUUGUGAUGAUCAGAGGCCACUAGAUGGGGAUUCUCCAUCUCCUGAUUCCUCUUCACCCCGUGGUGCUGAAUCGUCAAGUAGGCAACAUCACCAAGAUGUCUGUGGUACAGCAGAACCCUCCACUAAUAAAGAGUCCAGAAAAAGUUUGGCUUCAUUCCCAACCUAUGUUGAAGUUCCUGGACCCUGUGAUCCUGAAGACUUAAUUGAUGGAAUUAUUUUUGCUGCCAAUUACCUUGGCUCCACUCAACUCCUUUCUGACAAAACUCCCUCCAAGAAUGUGCGAAUGAUGCAGGCUCAGGAAGCUGUUAGCAGAAUCAAGAUGGCCCAGAAAUUAGCCAAAAGCAGGAAGAAGGCCCCAGAAGGUGAAUCUCAGCCCAUGACUGAGGUGGACCUCUUUAUCUCUACGCAGAGAAUAAAAGUGUUGAAUGCAGACACACAGGAAACUAUGAUGGAUCAUCCUCUGAGGACCAUUUCCUACAUUGCUGAUAUAGGGAAUAUCGUUGUGCUGAUGGCUCGGCGGCGAAUGCCUCGCUCUAAUUCCCAGGACAAUGUGGAGGCAUCUCACCCCUCUCAGGAUGGGAAGAGGCAAUACAAAAUGAUUUGCCAUGUCUUUGAAUCUGAGGAUGCACAGCUGAUUGCACAAUCCAUAGGUCAAGCAUUUAGUGUGGCCUACCAGGAAUUCCUGAGGGCAAAUGGAAUAAAUCCAGAAGACCUGAGCCAGAAGGAGUACAGUGACCUGCUCAACACCCAAGACAUGUACAAUGAUGACCUCAUUCACUUUUCCAAGUCUGAAAACUGCAAAGACGUUUACAUUGAAAAGCAAAAGGGAGAAAUUCUAGGUGUCGUGAUUGUGGAAUCUGGCUGGGGAUCCAUCUUGCCCACAGUUAUUAUAGCCAACAUGAUGCAUGGAGGACCAGCAGAGAAGUCGGGAAAGCUGAACAUAGGGGAUCAGAUCAUGUCAAUUAAUGGUACCAGCUUAGUCGGCUUACCACUCUCAACGUGCCAGAGUAUUAUAAAGGGUUUGAAAAACCAGGCCCGGAUUAAACUGAAUAUAGUGAGAUGUCCUCCAGUAACCACUGUCUUGAUCAGAAGACCUGACCUCCGAUAUCAGCUGGGUUUCAGUGUACAGAAUGGGAUCAUCUGUAGCCUUAUGAGAGGAGGUAUAGCAGAGCGUGGAGGAGUACGAGUGGGCCAUCGGAUCAUUGAAAUCAACGGACAGAGCGUUGUAGCAACACCCCAUGAAAAGAUUGUUCAUGUUCUCUCAAAUGCUGUUGGUGAGAUUCAUAUGAAGACCAUGCCAGCGGCCAUGUACAGAUUGUUGACUGCUCAGGAGCAGCCAGUUUACAUCUAAGGCCAAUACCUCACCUUCACAACAUGCAUGGAGGAUGUUUCUCCUCGUCAGUGGUUGUGUUUCUAGUACUGCAUUUUUGUGUCUGCAGAGACCUCUCUCUCUCUCUCUCUCUCCCCAACAUUUUGCUGCGUACAGGGAAAAAAAUUUCCAUGAGACUUUUUUUGUUGCAUCUUUUUACAAGUUAAGCUUUAUGUAAUUCCUCAUAGAAGAGAAAAAUUAGUUAUUCACAGCUAGUUUAACAAAGGACUGAUUGCACUUCUUCAAGUUCCGUCAUCGGUCAUAUUUUUAUGGCCAUAACUCGACAACACAAAUACAUUAAGUAUUGCUAAAUUAGAAAGCUUGCUUUACAAACAGAUCAAACCACAGGGUAAAGUUCUCCUCUUGGACUCCACAUAGAAGAUUUUUGACUCCAUUAUACUGUUCUCUCUGUGCACACUGAGCAUAACAUUACCAACAAAGAGUUCAACAUACACAGGGAGAGCAGAGAACCAAGGGGAUAGUUUUGCCCUAAAGGAGAAGUUAAAAGCCUAUGAAGAAUGAGUAAGUGAUGUUGUGGUAAAACUCAUAAUUCAAAUGCACACCUUUUAAUUGUCUUUAACGUUUAUUCUUCAGGAUCAUGUAACCUCAAAGGUGGUUUGUAUGUUGCUGAAAUGCGUAAGUGUGUCAUUGUCCUCGCUAGCCCGUACUAGAGGAGGUACUUUCACCAUUUGGUCUCCCAGGUAGUAGAGUCUUUUCCUCACCCAAAAAAUCUUUCUUCAUUUUUAGAUGUAGGAUAUCAUUUAUAUCCCCCUCCCUACUCAGAGGUAGGAGAAUGUUAAGUGGCCUGUAAAUAUACAACAGGAAUUAUAUUUUGGGGGCUUUUGCUGAAAAUCUAAAUUUUUAAAACUCUUAAAUACACAAUUUCUCAUUGGUGUGUGGGGUGUGUGUGUGUGUGUGUAUGUAUAUAUAUAUAUUUAAAACUAUGUGCUUGAUAUUUAUGAAAUUUGAACAAAAAUAGGUCUACAUACAGUUGUAAGUAGUUUUAUUACUCUGAGCCAGUAUUAACAUAUCUUUGGUCCAAAGACUGUUUGUUUACUUUUAAUUACUUUUUUUUUCUUUUGCUCAUGAUCUGGAUAACAGUGGGGGAGGUGGGAUGGGAGUGAGGAGAAAUUAAUUUAUUUGUAAAAUAUAUAUAUAUAUAAGUUAAUCGAUGGUUCUCCAUUUGUAGGACAUUAAAGGGUUUUUAUGUACUUGUACAAUGAAGAAGAGGUUUCAAAAACGUGGUGAUGGAGUGCAUGAUAUCAAGGAUUUGCGUGGUCUAUAAAUUUUGGAGAGUAGAGCGCGGGGAGGAGGGGAAGAAGAUAGUAAUAGUAGUAGUGACUCCUCCCUCCAGAAGGAGAGACCUCUCUAUUCCAUGUACAGUAGUUAUGUUCCAUUAGUCCUGUGUACUCGCAUUUAAACUCGUAUAUAACUGUGAAUUUAGACCAGUUGGAUGCCUUUAAAUUUAUCAAAAGUAGUAGCUUUUGCUGCAUCUUAUUACAACACAAAGAUUUAAUGUGAUGAAAAUACUGGAGCAGGACAAAACAAAAAUCUCAUUCCUUUUUGGGGAGGGAAGGGGGGUGAUGGCCAUUAACAUCAGUGUCUCAUUUAAUGAGGGAUGGUCUGUGCAAUAUAAGCACUGUGGUUGCAGACUGGAGAUGACGUUUGGAAUUGUCUCCAGAGAUUUCAUAGAUUAGAUAUACAUGUGUGUGCAUUUCCGUUAAUAAGUGAGCUGUGAAAACUCUGCCUUUGUCUGAUCACUUAGUUCCGUCUGUGAUCAGGGACCCAAUUUUCCCUUCAAAAACAAUGGACUGAGUGGAGAGAAAGAAGAUAAACUUUUUAUUUCAACUGGCAGCAAAUGCUGGAACUAUUUGAGGGAGAUAGUGGAAUGGUGAGUAAGCAGUUGUAGUAAAUGAAUGAGUACUGUACAAUUAUUUGACGUACAGUAGUUCUUGUUAGAUAAUCAAAUCCCAAUCUCUGGAAUAACAAAUUUUACAAGGGCAUGAUGGUGUUAAUCCAGAUUAGUAUUUACUCUGCCAUCAGACAGAUGCAAAUAGAUUGUGAAUUACUUGUGAGUACAGUUUUUAUGGUCAGGCAUCUGGUUUAUAAAGGUCAUAGGAAGAAUUUUUUUUCAUAACUUCCCAUAUGUAUAGUAAUAUAUGUAAAUAUGAUAUAUACCACGUGUCAUUUAGAAGAUUAUAUACAGUGCAGCCUUUCCAUAAAUUGCCUGUGUGGAAAGCUACUCUUGAAGACAUACUUACCACACUGCUGGUUUCCAGCUUUAACUCCCGUAUUAAUUUUCUGCUUUUGUGGCUCUAGUCAACUCCCGUUGAGGAAUCAAGCCCUCAGUAUGCAAAUGACUAUAGGGCUGUAACAGUGACUGAUCCUUAGAAACUAAGGGCCCUAUCCUGCAAACGCAUGUGUGCUUAACUUUAGGCACCUGAGUAACCCAUUGACUUCAUUGGGACUGCACAUGUGAGUGCCGGAUUGGGACCUCACUGAAAAUGUGAAUUAUUCUAUGACAACAGAUGUAUUGUGAUUUCUGAACAGGGACGGACAGACAGACAGAUAGACUAUGCGCUCCUAAUGUAAACAGUCCCACAAGCUUAGUCUGGAAAGGAAAAGCGUGUUUCAGAAAUACAGUGAACUUAAAAGGGAGAGUUGACACCUCCGUAUUCUGUUGUUUUUUCCAUUGAUGUUUAAAAGAUGUUAGAGCAGCUGUUUAUGUUAGUAUUUUAGAUGAGUAAAAUUGUCCAGGGGUUGAAAGGAAUAACCUACCAUUUUACAUUCCUUCUCUUCCGUGAAGGUCCUGCAAAGCUGUCCCUUCACUGUUUAGUACAAUAUUACUAACUUUUCAGUGUUUACAUUAAGAAUGAAAUGUCCUUUUAUUUUUUUAUUGGUAGGUUUCACACUUAUUCAUUUGAAUCUGUUUAUAAUUUAAGGCUUGGUUUGUAUUUCUUGAGUGCAGAUUUUUUUUUUAAUUUUCUAAAUUAAAUCUGUUUAUGAAGAUGGCGAUGUGGGUGAGAUUUCUUGUAUAUAUUUAGCACAGUACUUAGAAUAUGAAGUUUUACUAUUGUUCUGUAAAGAGGGUGAAUAGAAAUUAUUGUAAAGCGUUGGGAAAAGUAUAGUAUUGUAUUUGUAACAAUAUUGUUCUUUGUAAACACUAAACUCGAUCACUAUAUAUAAAUAUAAAUAUAUAUAUAAAUAUAUGUGAGCCUGGAAUGUUGAUACUGCACAUCUAUUGAAUGUAAUUCCUCUGACUUUUUUUGUCACAGGUCUCUGACCCUCUGUCUGUAACGCAGCUCCAGUGGUUUGAUUGAUUUUUUUAUUUUUAGCCAGCUGUUUUGUUGUGAUGUAUUUACUGUGCUACAUUCCUUUAUUUAAUGGAGCGCUAAUGUCGGUAACAUUUGCAACAAUAAAAAACAAAAACAAAUUGGG